GAAGAAAAAAAAUGAGGAAGUGUGAACUAUGCGGGGGGUUAGCUCGAAUGCACUGCGAAUCGGACCAAGCGAACUUGUGUUGGGACUGCGACGUCAAUGUUCACGGAGCCAAUUUCCUUAUAGCUAAGCACAUCCGAACCCUCCUCUGCCAUGUCUGUCAAAACCCUACUCCCUGGCUCGCCUCCGGUCAACACCUCAGCCCUGCUGUCUCCGUUUGCGAGUCUUGUGUCGCCAACAACGAUAAUACUUGCGAUGUUGCUACGGAGCCGGAAGAGUCAUCGGAGGCUGAUCACGAAGAAGAAGAGGAAGAUUAUGAUGACGAGGACGACGAAGAAGAAGAAGAUGCAGAGAAUCAGGUGGUUCCGUGGUCAGGAGAUGAUUCUUCUUUCACGAUGGCGAAGCCGGUGGCUAGCUCGGAUUCUUUGAGUAGUACUGAAGGCGGUGGCAGAGCCGGUUUUGAGUUGAGGAGGAUGAGAAGAAGUCGUAGUUUCUGCUCUGACGAUGAGAUUGCGUGCUCCUCAUCUCAUGUAGGCUCGAGAGGAUCAUCCAGUGGAGAAACAUCAUCAUCAAUGAGCUCAUCAAGACUACUGAAGCAACCAAGAUUAGCCGAAGCUAAUCAUUCAGCAAUUAAUCAAGAUGACGGUGAAACAGAGUCGAGAUCAACGGCUAUCAUCAGCUCUUUGAAAAAACUUCAAAAGCACAUGAUUAUCGAUGAUAAUGAUGCAUCGGCUACGAUCAUUGGGAUCUGCAGGUUGAGCAGAGAUCAGAGCCGUUAGAUUUCACCUUCCUCAAAUUCUCUUAUUAUAUCCUACCUACACCAUACAUUUCCUUUUAUUUUCUUUUCUGGAAAUGUUUUCAAUUUUCUUAACAUGAAAAAGCCAUUGUUGUCUUUUUUUAUUUUUAA